UUAGUGCUGUAAAACCCUAAGCCAGUGCGAGUGCCGAAACUACACGAACGCUGAAAAAUUUUCCGAUAACGAAAUGGCCUCCUCCGCCGCGAGAUCGAUGUUCCGGUCAUGCUCAUCUCACCGCGCCGCCUUCCGCCUCGCCUCGGAAGCUAAAGCCGCUCGUUCUCCCUUCCGUAUUGCUUCCAACAAGCCUCUCUCACAAUCUUCACUCAGGAGUCCUGUUCAGUUGAGUUUCUGUGUGGAGUCCAUGAUGCCGUUCCACACGGCAACUGCUUCUGCAUUGAUGAAUUCGAUGCUCUUCGUGUCUAGUCGCAGCUCCGGUUGGCUUCCUGAAGGUAGCUAAACGUCUGUAGGAUUCCUUGUGUUCUUUCGGAUUGCAAUGAUGAUGUGUAAUAAGUAUUCUGAAGAUUGAAGCAAUCUUUUAUUGUUCAAAUCUGCUUCCUGGGACAGUGUCUUGACUGAACCAAUGGAGGCACAAUUGAGUCCCAAAGGCCGGAAGGAACUUUUAAAUCCUAGACCUUCUGUACUCCAGUCUUUCAAUUUCAGAUGCAUAAAAGACUACUAUUUUGUCAACCUGGAUUUUAGUGUCUAGAGGGAAAUAAGAUGAAGUUUUAUUGAGCCGUUUUGUGUAGUAUUUGUCUUGUUUUGUUCAUGUUAUUUAUGGGACCAGCUAGGGAUGUUUCUUGAAUGUAGAACUGGAAUAUGUGGUGAAAAUUUCUUUAUCCCAACUUUCAAUCAAAUGGUGUCUACCAAGCACCCUUCACUUC